AUGGGUAAUUAAAAAUCAACAUAUAAGUGGUAUAAUUCUGAAAAAUCAGAUUUCUCAAAUGUACUUGCAAUAAACCAUGAUAACUCUGUACUUGUAGUAGGUAUUAGAGAAGAAAUCUAAAUUUUCAAAAUUUUGCAUAACAAAGAAUACAAUGUUGAAAUUUAACUGAAUAAGAGGAAGAGGAACUUUUUGCAAGUGAAAGAAAAGCCUUAAGAAAACUUUUGAUUUGUGAUAGGAAUAUUUGCUAAGUCACAACUCUUUAAUUUUAAAAAUCUUAGACAUGCAAAUUUCUUUCUCUCUGGUUCAGAACAUUUGAUAAAUAUUUGGGCCCCAGAUGAUUAAUUGAUGCCAUAUUGUUGGUAAUCAAAAUAUAAAAUUGAAUGGACCUAAUCUAUAAUAAAUUGUGUCAUCAUUCACCCAAAUGAAAACCUUAGUAUUAGAGGUGAUAAUGAAAAUGUGAAAUUUUGGUAAUUACAAGAGUAGUAUGUUUGUUAAUAGAUCAUAAAUGAACAUAAAAUGCCUAUAAUUGGUUUAUCAAUAAGCCCAGAUGGAAGAAAAAUAAUUUCAAUUGGAGCAGAUAAAAAUCUUUAAGUAAUGGCAGAUUCAGAAAAGAAAUUUGGUAAAUCCUUUUGA